GUGCGAUACUCCUACCUGCUCGAGAAGUCGCUCUCUGUCUCCAAGCCGAUGCUCUUCACCGGCCACUCGGGCGUUGGCAAGUCGGCGGUGAUAUCCAACCUCAUCAGCCGGCUCGUCGACGGCGGGGCGUGGGCUUCGCUUCCCAUCUCCUUCUCCGCGCAGACCUCCGCACGCCGCACGCAGGAGUCGAUCGAGUCGAAGCUCGACAAGAGGAAGAAGACGCUUCUCGGGCCGCCGCCGGGCAAGCGGAUGGUGAUGUUUGUCGACGACGUGAACAUGCCGACCCUCGAGACGUACGGCGCGGCGCCGCCCGUUGAGCUCCUCCGGCAGUUCCUUGACCAGGGUGGCUUCUACGACCGCCAAAAGCUGUUUUGGAAGGCCGUCUCUGACGUUGUCGAGGUGGCGGCGUGCGGCCCGCCCGGAGGCGGCCGCAACCCGCUCACCCCGCGCUACGUGCGCCACCACACCGUGAUGGUGAUGCCCCAGCCGUCAGCGGAGGCGAUGCGGCGCAUCUUCUCCUCCAUCGUCGGUGGCCACCUUGCACUCAACGGGCAGGCAGAGAUUGUGAGCCUGACAAAGCCGAUCAUCGAGUCGACCGUCGACCUCUACCAGACGGUGCUGCGCGACCUCAAGCCCAUCCCCGCGAAGGCGCACUACACCUUCAACCUGCGCGACGUGUCCAAGGUGGUGCAGGGCCUACUGAUGGUGCAGGCGGCGCAUAUC